AUGGCAUGUCGUAGUGUUGAGAUGGGUGCGCCGCGAGUCGCGCCGCUCGCCGCGCUGCUCGCCGCGCUGCUCGCUGCCGCCACCUCACACCCGCCCACGCAGGAACCGGUCAAAUUUGAAGCCGCGUUUCAAGGAAGGUGCGGUGAAGGCAGCCCAUGCGAGCAACUCUGUCGCGAACUACAUGACGGCACGUACGAGUGCGGCUGCGGGCCCGGAUAUGUAUUACACGUGGACGGAUACGGGUGUCUUGAACUGAAUGCAACUAGACCGACCGACAUAACAGAUAUAGAAGAAGAUGUUCUCUAUCAGAAAGACGUAUCGUUCUCUGCUGAAUUAGAAAUAGCCCCGUCCAAUAGUAUUAAGGCUAAUGUAAGUGAUAAACAUAUCGAUAUAAAACAAAGACUUACAACCACACUGCCAUCAAAAAAGGAGAAUUAUACAAACACCGGCGAGAGGUAUAAAGAAGCAGAUGGUUUGAAAAGCCUCAGAGAAGAUGGAGUCAGUAAUAUAGAUCUCAAUAUAAUUGCUGACGAUAAGAGAAAUGUUUUGCUGGAAGCGAAUGAACUGAAGGUGACGACGUUAGGACCCAGUUUAGAACAAAAAGUGCCAGGUGCGACAGUUUCGCCACCGUGGACGGCAGCAGUAGAGAACUGUGACUGCGACUGCGAUGGUCGGUGUGCUUGUCCACUAGCGGCAAAUAAGUGUAAAUCAGAUCUGAAAGUGGUUACGCCCCGUUUCUCUGGUGGGUCUUGGCUAGCAUUACGUGCACUGCGCGGCGCGUACAAGCGCGUUCGACUGAGGAUUAGGGUACGGCCGGAACGGGCGCGCGGCGUCCUACUCCUCACUGGGGAACACGACGACCUAUCAGGGGAUUACCUGGCAUUAAUCCUGAGAAAUGGACACGUGGAGUUGAGAUUCGACUGUGGCAGCGGAGCUGGUAUCCUCCGAUCACCAGAGCCGGUCCGACUCGGUCGGUGGAACACCAUCUCUGUAUACCGACAUCGUUGGGACGCCUGGCUGCGCUUGAACAACGGGAAGAGGGUCAGAGGACGCUCUAAGGGUUUGUUCUCCCGGAUGACGUUCCGGGAACCAGUCUGGGUUGGAGGCGCUGGUAAUACGACAGGGUUACAGAUCAAACUGGGCCUAUCUGAUGGACUUCUUGGGUGUGUGGACUUCCUAAGAAUCAACGGGGACACGUACAGACUGGUGAAAGAUGCGGUCGCCACGUUGGAUAUUGCCGAGUGUGCACCAGCUCUAGCACCAUGGAAACCACCAAAUGAAGUCACUACUAGUGAAUCCAAUCACAACAACGACGCACAUGGCAUAUACGAUAUAAACGAUAUUGUACACUUCGAAGACAAUGAUAUAGUCAUGCGAGACGCUAAAACACAGGAACAAAACAAUUUAGAUAACUCGGUUGAACAGUUCAAAAACUACAGAAUGGCAAAAGACGUUACAAAAAUAAAAAGUGAAAAAGAUACUAAAAUUAAUGAUAUUAAUAAUGAUGUGAGCAAUGAUUUAAAUAGUGAUAACGAUAAAGCGAUGAGAACGGCUAAAGUUGAUGAUAAAUGCGAAUGUCAUCAUGGCGGCGGUUGUGUUGGCGGUGUGUGUUUGUGUCCGUUGGGAUAUGCUGGAGAGAAGUGCGAAAUUACUUUGGACCUAAAGGUUCCACGUUUUAACGGGUCUUCAUACCUCCGUCUACCAGGUCUCGGCAACUCCGCGCAGUCGUGGCUGGAUAUACAAAUAACUCUCAAACCGACUGACGGCGAUGGCUUGGUGCUGUACAACUCCGAACAUGCGAGCGGAGACGGAGAUUUCUUCUCCCUCCACCUCAGAGAUUACUUCGUGGAGUUCGCUUUCGAUCUUGGCUCUGGUAUUGCAUUGGUCAGAUCUGCGUACCCUCUAAAACCGAAUACCUGGCACCGAGUAUCAGUGAGCCGUUCUGGUAAACAUGCUUCUCUGCGUGUGCGCGCUUCAUCAACCAAUGACGUCCGCGUGACGUCACCUCGAGAUGACGCGACUCGCUCGGUGACGUCACGCGGCGCCGCCCGCCGGCUCACUCUUAGGCAGCCGAUGCUAUUGGGAGGAGCGCCUCACCCCUUACCACCUAGACUGGCCUUAAGGACGUCUUUCAGUGGAUGCGUAGGCCAAUUGGUAAUAAAUGAUGAAGAGUUGGCUGUAGUGGCAUCAGCGUUGGGUGGUUUGAAUGUAGAUAACUGCGACGAACCUAAUAAUACAACGUGUCUCAACAGCGAUUUAUGUAGAGAAAUACUUCAACCCAUGUUACAAUAUCGACAUAAUAUAUCUGAUAACAACAUACACCAUUCAAUUGUACCCAAGAAAGGGUUCAGACCCAAAUACCAUAAAGUCAAAUCGAAGAAACACAACCAACAUUUGCAUACAGAGAAGUACAAAAAGAAGAAGUAUUUUGCAAGUAAGAAGCAUGACUACUUGCAAGACACGAGAAGUAACGAUGUGGUAACGGAGAAGCCUGUUUACGAUGGACAAACAUACAUGCAAGUUAAAUAUUUAAAUUCAAAUGAGAUAAAUUGGGGUGAUACUAAUACAUAUCCAAGCUUCACUGGCACUGAUAGUUUUAUACAUAUUGAUGAUGAAGAAACUAUGAAAAGGCUGGUGAGCUACUCGCUGGACAUCAACAUCCGGUUCCGCAGCUCUCGCGCGCGCGGCCUGCUGGUGUGGUCGGGCGGCCGCGGCCCGCCGCACGACUUCCUCUCGCUGGCCGUCGAGGAUUCCGUGCUCGUGUUCAGAUAUGAUUUGGGUAGUGGCGAAGUGGUGAUCAUAGCGAAUCACACGAAAGUGGACGACGGCUUGUGGCACAGAGCACGGGCGACCAGGAACAGACAAGCUGGUGUACUUGAAGUGGACGGCCUGGGGUCCGUAGGCAAGGUGUCGCCAGGAAAACUGAAACAGUUGAAUACAGACAAUGGACUCUACAUAGGUGGUCUACCAUCAAUAGAAAUUAACAGCAUGGGCAAAUACAAGACCGGCUUAGUGGGAUGCGUCUCGCAAAUAUCAUUAAGUGGGGACUUCGAUAUACCACUGUCGUUAUCAAAAUUACCACACACAAUCACGAACAAUGUCGGCAGAUGCACCCCAUAAAACUGGGCAAUUCAUUUAAAUGAAUCGACCGGUUCAUUUAAGUGAAUCCACUUCAUUUGUUACGAGCGCAGAAUU